AUGUCGCAAUUCUCCUUUCCCCUGCUUUCGGAGCGGGAGAUAUGCCAUAGCCUGGGCGAGCUCGGCAUGAACGUGGGGCCGGACCACUUCAGCAAACCUUCCUAUGAGCUGGUGCAGCCGGUGUAUGAGAACCUCGUCUCCGUGCUGGUGGGCGUUUCGAGAGAGGAGCUCCAGCAGCCCGUUUUUGCAGCCAUCGGAAACCUCGAGUUCCCUGAACUGCAUGAUGAGUCAAUCCCUGCCCUGGCCUUCAUCACCCAUUUGGGAAAACUCUUGGCGGCUUCAGGCAUCAAAGAUUUCUCGCUCAGGGACCUCCAUAAGCCCGAUGGACAGCGGCUGCGGCGGAACUUGUCGGCCAUCAUCAACUUUGCUAAAUUCCGUGAGGAGAAGCUCAUCGCCUAUGCGGAGCUGCAGGACCACUUCCAGAGCCUGGUGAUGGCCAGGGACGAGGCAGAGGGCGCCAAUGCCGACCUGCACGCCGCGCUGGACGAGCUCAGGAGGACGGCCGCGCAUGAGCAGCCGGAUGUGGAGCGCCUGACGGCCACGGCCGAGGCGGUGUACUCCGAGAAUGCGGCGCUGAACCGGCAGCAGGCGGCGUUGAGCUCCGAGGUGAAGGCGCUGAAGCAGGACGCCAACGCGCUGACGGACGAGGCGGCGGGGCUGCGCCUGCGCCUCGCCUCGGCGCGGGGCGAGGAGGAGCUGCUGCGUGGCCAGGUGGUGCAGAGCCCGCAGAAGGCGGCGGCCGCGCUGGAGGCCCUGGCCGCCGCGCUGGAGCGAGAGCGGGAUGCCGUGUCGGAGGCGGAGCGGCGGCAGCGCGACACCGCCGCCCGCACCGACGCCGUGCACCGCGUGGAGAAGGAAGUGAGCAAGGCGCUGGCGCUGAUGGAGGGUGCGGAGCUGGAGAUCGGGCGCAAGAAGGAGGUGUCGCGCGAGGUCAAGCGCCUGCGCGCCGAGCUGGCGGCCGGCGAGCACGAGGCGGCGCAGCUGAGCGCCACGCUGGACCUGCUCAAGCGCCAGACGGCGGUGGUGGAGGAGAGGUGCGCGGUGCGGAAGGAGGCAGCAGAGGGGAACAUCGAGGAGCAGCUGCGCGACAAGGAGGCCUACGAGGCCGAGAACGCCGCCAACGCGGCCAAGCUCGCCGAGAACGAGGCCACGAUCCGGACGCUGCGGGAGCGGCUGCGGGAGGUGAGGCAGGCCCACGAGGCUCAGCGUGCCCAGGUCCUCACCCAGUAUGCAGGCCUUCUGGAGGAGGUACGGACCUACCAUGGGGAGCUCACCUCCGCCAUGGAGGGCAGAGGACCUGGCAGGAGGGAGGUGACGGAGCACACCGCCCUCCUGAUUCGAUGA